UGGUACGAUCUUCUGGUAUUCUUUGAGGUGAAAAGUGCAUCACAACUCAGCGUCUAUUACAAGCACUAUAAACUAAUUAGGGUUUCAGAAUCUCAUCUCAUUGAAACCAAAUCAUGGAGUACAGGAAAGACUUUGUAGAUCUUGUACUUGUGCCUUUGGGUUUUCUGCUAUCCAUCUUAUACCAUGCUUUCUUGUGGUAUAGAGUUAAGAAUCACCCUCUCAAGACUGUGAUUGGUAUCAAUAGCAUGGGAAGGAGGCUUUGGGUUAAAGGCAUCAUGAAGGGUGGUGGUGAUAAAAAUGGAGUUCUAGCAGUGCAGACACUGAGAAACAGCAUAAUGGGAUCUGCUCUGAUGGCAACAACUUCAAUUGUGUUGGGUUGUGGACUGGCUGCUAUGAUCAGCAGCAACUACACUAUAAAAGAGCCUCUCAAUGACACACCCUUUGGCUCUCACGACAACAUCAUAUUGGCAAUUAAGUACUUGUUAAUCCUGAUGUUUUUUGUCUCAUCUUUUAUCUGCCAUUCUAUGUCAAUCUACUGCAAGUGUGAAGUUGGUUCUUUGAUAUCGACUCCAGUAAGAAGACAUGAAUUGGCCAGCCUGAUUAGUACAGAUUAUGUCUGUGAGAUGUUGGGAAAAGGCUUCGCUUUCAAUAUAGUUGGUAACAGGAUUUUUUAUGGUGGGUUUCCUUUGUUUCUCUGGGUUGUAGGGCCUCUACCAGUUUUCCUAGGAUCAGCACUGCUAGUACCUGUUCUGUAUUCUACAGAUUUUGUUUCUUCUUCUAUAACAGGUAAUAGAAAUAGAGAUGUCGAAACAAGAAAGAAAGAAGAAAGUUCGGAAUGAUUUUGUUUGGUAGGAUGACAGGCCUAUCUAUGGGUUCACCACCUUGGUGAGGAUUGUAGGGAUGUAAUGGAUUUUAUCUUCGAUAGGCUCAUUUAUCUUAAAGUAGAAAAACGGUAUGAAAGUUAGGGCUGAGACUGAUGGGAUUUUACAACUCCAAAAAUAGGUGCCUUAAUUAAAGUCCAUCUUUGAGAAAGGUUUGUAAUUAUGAUUAUCAGCUUAAGAAACUAUAAUAAAAGCCUCAAAAG